UCACCAAUGUUUAGUCAUCAACAAACAGUUCAGUUGAAGUUCAUGUCAAGCAAUUUAGCUCAAAACAGUAAACAGAUUAAUAACUAAUUUCACCGUGCUAAGGAAAGAGGCCUAUUACCCUGAGGUGUCGCUGCUGGUGUGACAUUGACAGGGCCAGCACGGGCCAGCAGUGACAGUGGCCGUAACUUAGAACUUUCUAGGGCAGAAAGAUCACCACGGGACAUGUACGAGAUAAGCUUAAUAGUUGAGCUGUGAGAAUCGGACUUCUCACACUGAGGCCCCAUUGUUAAAGAGUUAGUUAGUUACAGCUCCCCAGGGGAUCCAUGAUUAAGCAACAUUGUCGCGACUGAGGGGUUAAAAGAUUGAAUUGCGUAUGUGAAUGUCAGAAUGCAUUCUCCAGUCGUGGGUGACAGAGCUCUUUGUGAACUCACCUAAGACUGUAUUUGUACAUCUCUUAAAACUCGGUAAACUCAACUGAAUUCAAACCUAUUGCUUCGUGGCGGUCUUUCACUUGAUUCUCUGUAAACCAACACGUAGCAGUAGAGUUUGGAUCUUCCGUCAGCAAGCUCUUUACCGAAGCACUACAUUUUGGAUCUUCUGUCAGCAAGCUCUUUACCGAAGGUUGUACUGCCAUCUUACCAGCCAUGUCUGGAGAUCCACCCCACAUGCCAGCACCUGUGUGCUUGAUUGAGAAUGAAGGGGAGGGACUGAAGACGAUGGAAUCAGCCCUGGACACCCUCAAGAAGAUCCAGCAGCCUGUGGUGGUGGUGGCUGUGGUGGGGUUGUACCGCACUGGCAAGUCUUACCUCAUGAAUCGGCUAGCUGGGCAACAGUCAGGCUUUGCUCUGGGCAGCACCAUUGAGUCUAAGACCAAAGGCAUCUGGAUGUGGUGUGUGCCUCACCCCUCUAAACCAGGACAUACGCUGUUGCUGUUAGACACUGAAGGACUGGGUGAUGUCAACAAGGGCAACUCGAAGAACGAUGCCUGGAUCUUUUGUCUGGCCGUGCUGCUCAGUAGCACCCUGGUGUACAACAGCAGAGGAACCAUCGAUAACGAUGCUGUAGAGAAACUCCACUAUGUGACUGAGAUAACCGAUCACGUCAAGAUAAAGUCACCGGGCGCCCGUGAUGAGGAUGGCGAUGAGGAGGACUGUAAGUUUGUCCGCUUCUUCCCUGACUUCGUCUGGGCCGUUCGGGACUUCACUCUGGAGAGGAAGAUCGAUGGUCAUGACGUGAGCGAGGACGAGUACCUGGACUUUGCCCUGCAGCUGAAGAAAGGUCAGUCUACUAAAGUAUUGACCUACAACCAACCGAGACAGUGCAUACGGAACUUCUUCCCGACACGGAAGUGCUUCACCUUCCCGUUCCCAACGUUGACGCAAAAAAUGACGAACCUGGACUCCAUGACUGAGGCCGACCUUUUCCCAGAAUUCCUGGAUGUCGCUGAACGCUUCUGCAGUAAAGUCUUUGAAGUGAGCCGCGUCAAGACGGUACAGGGUGGUCAGGAGGUCACCGGCAGCCAGUUCAGCCAUCUUGUGAAGAUCUACGUGGACACCAUCAACAGUGGCAACGUUCCCUGUCUGGAGAAUGCUGUGGUUGCCAUGGCAGAGAUCGGAAACCAGUCGGCCGUGGAUGCGGGCUUCCAGCUCUAUGAGCAGGCAAUGGGGAAUUUGAGGACGACCUUUCCCACGGAUCUUGAAACUGUCUCUGCUGAACAUCUUCGCCUCAACGGCCUGGCAAUGCAGGAAUUCCACAAAAAUUCCUUCAAGGAUGAAGGCGAGAAAUACAUGAAGCAGCUGGAGGAGAAGGUGUCUCAGCUCUAUAAGCAGCUUAACACUCUGAACAAGGAGGCCUCGGAGGAGCUUUGUCGGAAGGUUCUCUUGGAGCUGUACGAACCAAUGGCCGUCAACAUUCACCACGGCAGCUAUCUCAAGCCAGGUGGGUAUGAGAUCUACUGCCGUGACCGAGACGCCAUGGUGGCCGAGUACAAGCAACAUGACAAGAAGGGAAUGAAGGGGGAACAGGUGUUGGAAGAGUUUCUCCAGGAGAAGAACGCUGAAGCAAACUCCAUCCUGAAGGCUGAUCAGAGACUCACAGAGGCCGACAAGAUGGCGGCCGAGGCCAAAGAGAGGGAGAAGGUGCAGGAGCAGAAGAUCAUUGCCAUGGAGCAGCGGCAUCAUGCCCUGGAGCGCGCCCUGGAGGACCUGCGUCUCAGCAGGGAGCAGGAUCUUAGGCGCCUGAAGGAGAAGAUGGAGGAGGAGAAGCGGUUCCAGCACGAGGAGUUGGAUCGAGCCCUGAAGAGCAAACUGAAGGAGUACAAGGAGAUGAUGGAGAAGGGCCUCAAGGACCAGGCUGAUAUCUUGGGCCAGGAGAUCGAUCAAAUCCGUCAGGAGAAGGGGCAGUUUCAAGAGCCAGGGUAUUUGGAUAAAUUUGUUGAGAUGGGCAGUGAUCUCAUUCCCGACUUCCUGCGUAGAAUGUUUGAGUAAUGGGUGCCAAUGCUGCCCAAUAUGAGGGAUGGGAUCAUCAAGGAAUUAGAUGUAGUGAUUUGUACAUUUCUGAUUUAUACAUUUUCUUUCUUGUGCCUUGUUAUAAAACUGACAGUGAAAAUAAAGAGAGGAAACUAGUUGAUUUGCCAUGUACACGAUUACUUUAGUCUUUACCUGCCUCUUUCUGCUGGGAAACAAAAGCGUUCCGGUUUAGAGGAGCAGUUUAUAUUACCUUAACUAUCUUGUUUGUUGUGGUGCUGUCUGUAAAAACAAAGGAAAUAAAGCAAUUGAUUUGAUUGUUUUGAUUUGA